GUUUGUGCAGCCGGGGACAACAUGGCUGGCACAUAUCGGCUUUCGAAGCGGGUUCUGUUGCAGGCCUUACGGAGUUCGAUGCAUUUAAUGGUUUGGGGCUCCGGCUGCAGCUGCUGGCGCUGCCCUCUCGGAGCUAAAAGAUAUCUACUUACUGAUAAUAUUGUGAAAUUAAAAGAAUUUCAGCGUAAGAAGAUGAUUGUUGCAUGUAAUCUCCUUGGCACCAAAGAAACUUAUUUUCGGAACUUGGAAGAGAAAUUGAGCCAGAACAGGCUCAUCUUGAGGGAAGAGUUGAAAACUUUGCUUCAUUUGUGUGAGUCCCAGAAUGAUAUGGAGCUGGCUAAAAAUGUCAUUUACAGGUAUCACAUGGAGAACAGGAGUGACACUCUGGGGGAAUACAAGUUUGGACCACUUUUCAUGAGGCUCUGUUAUGAGUUGGAUCUUGAAGAAACUGCCCGGGAGCUUAUCACAAACCAGCAUUUACAAGGCUUCUUUUCAGACUCCACAUCAUUCAGUAUUUUGAUGGAUAUGUUAUUUAUGAAAGGUGCAUUGAAAGUAUUGAUAGAGAUGAAAAAUCAAGAUGUGAAAUUCAGCAAAGAUACCUAUGUCCUUGCUUUUGCAAUUUGCUACAAACUGAAUAGCCCUGAGUCUUUUACAAUCUGUACUACAUUAAGAGAAGAAGCCCUAAUCAAAGGAGACAUUCUCUCCAGGAGAGCAUCUUGUUUUGCUGUAGCAUUAGCUCUGAAUCAGAACCAAGUGGCAAAAGCUAUAUCCAUUUUUUCUCAAAUCAUGAAGCCAGAAAGCAAAGCCUGCAUUAAUUUAAAUAUUAUUAUCCAUCUUCACUCAAACAGCUCAAACAGGUUGGAAACCCUGUUGGACAUACUGCAGAAUGCUGCAGAAGGAAAUUUAUCAAGUUUUGUGAAAAGACAUGAAUUCUCAGAAGAAGUGUUGGCCACAGUGAGAGAAAAAGUGAAGGAUUUCCCUGACCUUCUGGCUAGAUUUGAUGAGAUCUAUGGAAAACUGCACAUAUCUGGUCAGCAUAGACAUCUUUUCAUCUUGGAAAACUUUCUGGACUCACCUACUCCCUCAGAUCCAGAAAACUCCAUGAAGUGCUAUGACCCCAUUUUACAGAUGAAGAAUCUGAAGUUCAGAGAGAUUAGGUUACUUAUCUAUGGAUACAACACUAAUCACCUGGAGCAAGCUAGACACCAUGUCAUGAGGAAACGCAAGCAGCCCUAUGGAGAUGUCCAUGUGGUGAGGAGCUAAGUCUUCCUGCUAACAGUCACCAUCCAUGUGUAUGCACCAUCUUGGAGACAACUUCCAGACCCAGUCAAGCUUUCAGAUAUCUGUAACCCUGGCCAACAUCUUGACAGCAACCUCAUGAGAGUCUGGAGCCAAAAACACUCAAUUAAUCCACUUCCAACUCCCUGACCUAUGGACACUGUGUGAGAUAUAUAUCACCCAUCAAAGAACCACUUC